AUCCCAGCUGUGCCUGUGAGGAGAGAAAAUGAUGCCCACGAUGGGCUCUGCCGCCCGCCGGCUGCGGAGAGGCCCACACUGCACACGCGCAGACCCGGCGUCCGCGUCAAAACACCGGCAGACAGCGCACUGCCCAUGUCCUGCGCGCCCGGCUGCCAGGCGUUCCUAGGCUGGGCCGUGACUCCCGCCGGCCUGGGGCGGAGGAGCUCCCGUCUGACCGGCGAUGCCCCGGGAGAUCAUCACCCUGCAGCUGGGCCAGUGCGGCAACCAGAUUGGGUUCGAGUUCUGGAAACAGCUGUGUGCUGAGCAUGGCAUCAGCCCCGAGGGCAUCGUGGAGGAGUUCGCCACUGAAGGCAAUGAUCGCAAGGACGUCUUUUUCUACCAGGCAGAUGAUGAACAUUACAUCCCCCGGGCUGUGCUGCUGGACCUGGAGCCCCGGGUGAUCCACUCCAUCCUCAACUCCUCCUAUGCCAAGCUCUACAACCCAGAGAACAUCUACCUGUCUGAGCACGGAGGAGGAGCUGGCAACAACUGGGGCAGGGGUUUCUCACAGGUGUCAGUUCCGGAGUUCCUUGGUAAUCCUAGCUUGGGAUAAGGCAAGGCUCAAGUAAGUCUGGGACUCUGUCCAGACUAGACUGGCAAUAAAUAAGAGACAAAUGGAUAUGCUGGGAAACGGUUGCGAGGAAGGUGGUUGUGCAAACUUUAUGUAAAUCAUUCACAAAGCAGCAGUUCUGGAUUGAGAAAGGUUCUGGCUGGGAAGGUGGGUUUCAGGAUGGCAGCAGGGACAAAG